ACGAGCAUAGAGUUGAGAACGAGGCAAUGGCGUAGAAAGGACCCUAUGUCCACACUACUGACACCACUAAAAUGUAUUAAAACAUUUGUGACGGCGAUUAUAUGUAUAUAUUUAUACAAUCCCUUAACUGAAUGUUAUUUUAAACUUGGCACGAAUUAAUCAGUCGCUAGUGAGCGAACACAUUUUUGUGAUUCGUUUUUUUUUGUCAGGCAGAGUGUGGGCUACUUUUUGAAUGAAUUUAAGACCCCGUUUGUAUAGUAUCCGAUCUGAAAUUAAAUGGUUGAAAUAAUUGAAAAUGUUCUUCGUAGGCCAGUGACAUGUUCAUGAAAGCGGGUUUCUUACAUUGUUUUCAAAUGUUGUGUUUGCUGUUAUGCGCAAAUAGCUUUCAAGUUGCUAUUGAGGAAGCAUACGAUAUUAGCCUACUUCCUAAAACGAUUAGACUGUAUUGUUGACUUUAGGUGUUCUUGCCUUAAUCUAUCUGUUUAAACAUGGCAGACGAAGCCCUGUUUCAGUUCUUACACAACGAAGUAAUUCAGUACAUUUACAAAUCUGAUGAAAAUGAAGAAAUGGAAAAUGGAAGGUGCAUUACCAAACUGGAGAACAUGGGCUUCAGGGUGGGCCAAGGACUGAUAGAAAGGUUCACCAAAGACACAGCUAGGUUUAAAGAUGAACUAGAUGUCAUGAAAUUCAUCUGCAAGGAUUUUUGGACCAGCGUUUUCAAAAAGCAAAUAGACAACCUCAGAACAAAUCACCAAGGUAUUUAUGUUCUGCAGGAUAACAAGUUCCGGCUACUCACACAGCUGUCAGCUGGUAAACAGCAUUUAGAGCAUGCACCAAAGUAUUUGGCUUUUACGUGUGGCCUGGUGCGAGGAGGGCUUUCAAACCUUGGGGUGAAGAGUAUCGUCACAGCUGAGGUUUCUGUCAUGCCUGCCUGUAAAUUUCAAGUUAUGAUCCAGAAAAUGUAGGACCCAUCUGAAGACAACUUCUUCACUUAAAACAUUUUCAUAUCAGCCAAAUUGCCUUUUUUGUUUGAGCUCAACCCCUUGAAGCAACCCUGCAUGACUGUUGAGACAUCUUUUUUGUUUUUAAUUGGUGUAGUCUUUAUGAUAAUUAUAAAAUAAACAAUGAUUGCCUUUAGUAUUUUAUCUCAUGUUGAAUAUCUUAACGUGAAAUGUUGUUAAAUUAUUUUCACUGAAUGUUGAAUAAACACUCCAUGGUAUUAA